GAGAGAGAAAGUGAGAGAAGGAUAGAGAGAGAAAGAGAGUGGGUGAGAAGGAUCAGCAGGAAGAGCUAAGAGGAGGAGGAGGAGGAGGAGGAGAGAGAAUAAAAAGACCAGAUGCCAACAAAUCUGCUGUGAUUGCUCGUAGUUUAGAAGAAGGUCGUUCCAUUCUCUUCCUCAGAGGAGAGAGAGAAAGGGACCAAACAACACCCAUCCAAGAACCCCACAAAAGGAGAAAAUUUCCAUUAUUUUUAUUUUUUGGGGGGAGAAGGAGAAGAAAGAAGAAGUGCGUCGUCAUUCUUUGAGGCAAGAACAGCAACAACAGCAAGAACCAACCACCCCCUUCCUCCUCAUCCUCCUCCUCUUGCUUGUUCUUCUUCCUCCGUGGCCCAUCGAAUCCAAUUAUCCUCCACCUCGAUCGAUCGCCUCUCUCUCUCUCUCUCUUACCCUGGAAUUUUGGUUCGGAUUUAGCCCAUAAAAAAUCCUGCCUCUUGAGGUCAACCUGGGACUCUUUGAUGCUGGGUUUCUAGCGGGGACAUGGCCGUGGUGGUGCCUGCGAGGCUGUUCGUCCUCCGGAUGCUGCGUGUCGUCAGGCUCAACCCUCUCCAGCGCGGUGCCGCGAGCGUCGUCGAGGAUAUUUCUUGAAGCACCAUUCAAACUGGGAAGCCAUAUUGGUUGAUCAUACAGCUGGAUUGGUUGAGCUAUCCAUUUGGCUGAUCAGUUCAGAACAGUGAAGAGUCGCAUUGUAUAUUUCCGUUGUGUCGACUCUCCAAUUUUUGACUUGGUGCACUUGAUGCGAAGAUUGCAAAACACUCACAGGCUGGUUCCAUUCCACGGCAACGGGGGAUCGUAUAUGAUCAAUGCAGGCGUCUUGUUUUGAUUAGCAAGAAUGGGAGCAAAGGUAGAAGGUGACAAUUACAUGCUUGGAUAUUAUGCCAUGGGGGAUUUCAACAUGGAUGCAAAUGGUAGGUGGUCUCCAUACCAUGAUGAGAAGAUGUCGAAUGGUCAUAUGUGCAAUGGCUUCAUGACAAAACCAGCAAAUGGUUAUUCAGAAUACGACAAAGAGAUGCUCACGCGUACUAUGCUUGAACAUGAAGCUAUAUUUAGGCAACAAGUGUAUGAAUUGCACCGGGUUUACAAAAUACAGAGAGACCUGAUGAAACAAUAUCAAAACAAAGAUAUAUAUGCAUACCCAAUGCUGGAAGAUGCAUCAAAGACGAAUUCACCAUCACAGCUUCCACCAAAUGGUGCAAAGAUGAGUUGGCCGAUUCAGACACCUCCUAUGUCCAUAACAUACAAAAAGGCUUCUAUUGCAGAGCAUGGUGUUAUGAAUCAUCCCUUGAAGUUCCUUAGAGAAGGCAGUGUACAGUCCUCUCCAAAUGGAUUUCCCCCAAGCGAUGUUGCUUUGAACGCCAGACAAGGCACUUUUGACCUUCAGCUUUCUGCUGAUCAUUAUGUUGAUGAUGACAAUGCAUCAGAUAAUGGCCCUAUAGAUUUCCUUGGUGUAGCACCAGACAAAAAACCUCAGAAUAAUGCUGACCUCACAUUAGUUAGUCCGGAAGGUUUAGGGAGGUUCAGUGAUAAUAGUUCAACCUCAGGAUUGCAUGCUACAAAUAAUGUAGGAGGCCGGCAAGUUGUUGACCUGAAUGAGCCAAUUACAGGCACAUAUAUGGGUAGAGCUAACGGGUCAGUAUCCAGAGGUCUUUCCUAUACCUUGGAAAACUCAUGGCACCAAUCUAUAUUGAAACCAAGCACAGCUAACUUCAAUUACAAUAAAGAAUACUCCAAAGAGAAACAUUUGGAUGAAGGAACAAGCUCAAAUUUCUUUGCUGCAAAUGCCAAGACAAAGCAGGAGGAGAAACAGUUGAUUGAUAAAGGUAAACAGGUCAGCAGCAUACAUGUUUUCACACCCAGAUACAGCGAUGCAAAUCCACAAAUGUCCAUGAAAGGUGUUGAUGGGAGAUCUGCAAGCAAUAACCAGUUUUUUCACCAAGGUCAAAAUGGUUCAAUUGGAUGGUUUGCAAGAAGUCCUCUGGAAGCCCCUGCCAUCAAUAAUUUUCCUAGGCUUGAUCGGUCACAUAAUUCAAGUCUUGGUGCACUUGCUCCUCCGAUGUCUAUUCCUCGCAUAGACCAUCCUUCAGGUGCUUCCCCGAUAGGUUCCUGUACGGUAGAUCCAAGGAGCAGUGCUAUCAAUAACGCUACAUUCCAACCGAUUCCAAGCUUCAAAGGUUCUUCAACUGUGAACCAAAGCAUUGGAACUUCGAUUCUUAAGGUGAAGAAGAAUGAGGACUUAGAUGGCAACUGUCCAGGUUUUGCACUUGAUCCGUUUUGUGCAUCAAGGCCACAGCAUCAGGUGGCAAUUUCAAGUGACGAGGAGCAAACCGAGUGCUUGAUGUUUGAACAUUCAGCACGGCAUCGUGAGAAUCCUCAUUUUGCAAAUGACAAGGGCCCAAAGAACUUUAACUUGAAUGAAGCAUUAUCGGAUGGACAGGAAGAUUAUCUUGUAGAACAAGAUGGGGGAAGCGUUAGUAGCUUACCACAGAGUAAAGCCAGUGGGUUCCCGUGGCUCAUAAAAACAACAGAUACAUGUACUCGCCCAUCAGAUUUGCAAAAUCCAAGGAAGGUUUUUGCCCAUUCAAAUAGGAUUGUAAUCGAUCUGAACAGCAAUACUGAUAGGAAAGAAGCAGCUUUGACUAUUCAUAGCCUGUCAGAUUCUGCUUCAACAUCCCUAGACUGUGGGGUUAAGAAGGAAUCCCAGGAUUGCGGGAUUAAAAAGGAUGAGGCGUUCGGGGACAUUACCACUAGAACUGAGGUGGCAUGUAAUACGACUCAGGAGAGUGCUACAUGUUUACCUGUUCUAUGCCAGGAAUAUGUGCCUGGAGAUGAUAAAGCUGCUAAUGGAGGUGACAAGAAAAGCAGUGCUCCUGUAAGGAAUUUCAUUGAUCUGAAUGAUGAUGCACCAAAUGAAGACAAUUCAGAGUCAUCUGUGGUGUCACAUGAAUGCCAUGUGGUCUCCUUACAGAACAACCAUGGUAAACGCAAAUUUGUCAUUGAUUUAGAAGUGCCUGCUUGUGAAGAAGGUGUGGCCUGGGAUUUUAAUCAGGAAUGUUCUCCUUCUGGCAAACUUGAUGUAACUCAGGAGGCUGAUGAUGCACAUUUUACAUGCACUAAAAUUGCAGCAGAGAGCAUUAUUGCUUUGUCCAUGCAUGUGCCAACAAUUGCAGAGACGCCUGAUGAUAUGCUGCAGUGGUUUGCAGAUCUUGCUUUAUCAAGCACUGAUGACCACGUUGAGCAAGCAGAAGCCCAUGAUUGCGUGAAUAAUUCCAGUGAUGAUGGUCUGGAUUCAUUUGAAUCGUUGACACUGAAGCUGGAAGAGACCAAGAUUGAUGAGUACUGGAGCAGGCCACAGGCUCCUGAAAUACCAAAUGAUGAACAAGCAGGAUUAUCAGUGAACCUUCUCACUAAGCCAAAACGAGGCCAGCAAAGGAGGAGGCGGCAGAAGCGCGAUUUUCAGAAAGAUAUCUUGCCUGGCCUUACAUCACUUGCGAGACCUGAAAUCAUAGAGGACAUUCAGUUACUUGAGGGGUUAGUACAGGCAUCUGGUGGAUCUUGGCAAUCAAGUUUAACUAGGCGAGGAAGAUAUGGUGGGCGGCCAAGAGGAAGAAAACCUCGCAAGAAUCUGUCAGAAACUAUAGAGGAAGAAGAAGUCCCGGUUAGUCCACCGGCAAAACCGGAUACUGCAAAGCCAGAUGCUGCGGAGAUAGAAGCUAGUGAUAGGGGGAUCAUUGGUUGGGGGCGAACAACGAGACGUUGUCGCAGACCGAGGUGUCCAUCAGGCUACAACAUUUCUGCCGCAUCUUGAAAAGAUGCCGACAGAAAACAUCGGACUAUAUUUGGAUUUGUAGUAGAGAUCUUGAUGGAGUGGUAUAAGAAGGUAAGUAUAGCCAUGAGUGCACAUACCUCGUUGGCCUAUUUGGGCUCCCAACUUUCAUGCUUUGGGGUUGAGACAUGGUGUACAUUUUUAAUAAGAAAUUCUUAAAUUAGUUCAUAAGAUAUUUCUGCAACAACAUUGUAUUAAGCUGUUCCGAUGAAAUAUGGUAUGAUUCGUUAUGAGAAUUGCCAGGGAUGUAACUCUGGCUGAUAUCUGAAGAAAAGCCUAUGAAGAAUGAUAGCAGCAAAAUGGGUGUACAAAUGAGAGUUCUAGCCUGUAUGAGUGUACUAUGCUUUAGCAGGUUAUGCAUGUGCUGAAUUGCCAAUAUUCAGAAACUGAAAUACCAAUUGAUUCUUCCAAUUCCCUGAA